AUGUCGGGACGAGAACAACUACAAGAGUGGCAGAGCUUGCAAUCAAAGCCAAUGGACCAUACCUGCUCAAUUGGAAUUCAAUUUCUUGAUAACUUGGAGAAUAUAAUCUUCAUUUCACAUGGGUCUGACGUCACAUUCUACAGUGACGAUAUGUCUGCUCACUACUAUCCUACCUUCACGUUAAAAACUACUUGCACCACCAUUUCUGAUCUCCAUGGCAUGAAGAUGGUUGAAGACUACAUCGUACUUUACACAUGUCACAAUGCUCCGAGUGGCAGAGUAACUGUUGAAGCAAUGCAGAUAAUAUUCCACAAUGUAGACUUGGCUGAAUCAGAUGAGACAGCAGACACUCUUCUCCAGUGCCUUGAUGACCUGAGUGAUGCUCUGGAGAGUAGGAAGGGCAAUAUAACCUACAUAGACGAUGUCAUUUCAUCAAAUUCCUUGAUGACCUUUGAUAAUCCCCAGACCUGGAUGGGACCAGUGGUGUUUGCCAAGGGUUUGACUGUGACUGGUACAACACACUUCACACAGACGCUAGAUGUUAAAGCCUCUGAGGAUGAAAUCCGCUUGUCGCAGUUUGCUUCACUUGUUGGUAGCCUGCAGAAUGAUGUGAAUGCCUUAAUUGAAGAAUCUGAGGGAAUACUCUACUUCACUGGUGAUCAGAAUCUGACAGGCCCCAUCAUUGCUUCUACCAUAACUGCUAAUGAAGCAUCUUUUAAUGUUUUAAAAAUACAAAAUAUAAAUGGUAUUCCUUUGUUGGAUUUGGAGAAAAGGUUCCUAAUAAGUGGGAUUGAUCAAAUCAUUGAAACUAGCGUAAUUGCAAGUUCCUUGACAGUGGAUUUAUUCACAACACGCAGCCCAUCACUCGUGGGAACCAUCAAUGGUUUCUUGACUACAGAUUUAAUGCGUAAAAGUUUGGGUGACCAAGUUGUAACAGGUGAGCACACGUACAACACUGUAGUGUGUGGUGGAAUUACAAACAUGGAUGGCAACAUAGACUGGCUCUCCAUCAAUGGGAUACACUCUUCAGCCAUAGUCACGGAGGGUUCUGAUGUGACAUUCACAGACAAGAAAAAGUUUAAUUCGUUGACAGUUACUGGGCAAAUAAAUGCAAGAUUAAUAAAUGAUGUGGAUGUUAGUGACCUGGCUAGCAAAGUAAUAUACAUGGACGUGAUGCACACGCAAACACUGACUGGCUCGUAUUCUUUGGCCUAUGUUAAAGUGGAUGGCAAUGUGGAUGUAGCUACCAUUAAUAAUAUAAACUUCAGAGAAUUGGCCGCUUCCGUUGUAAAAACUACUGGAGAUUAUGCCUUGGAAGGUCCCAUAAAAUACAUGGAAAGUGUGACUGUAACUGGAGAUUUGGAUACUGCCUCCAUCAAUGGUGUGGAGUGGAGAGACAUUGUGGAUUUGGAGUCUGGAGAUCUCAUCAGUGGCAAAUUCUAUAUUGCUAAAGGAUUUGUUUCUGAGGUCAUCAGAUGUGACAGUAUCAAUGAACUGGAUUUAAGUAAUGAUGUGGUGCUCACUCAUACCAUGCAAACAAUUUAUGGGCGCAUCACCUUUGAUAGUGAUGUGUACGUGACUGGAGCUGCUGGAGUGGUGAUGGAUAAUGAUGCUACCAUUAACAACAUUGACCCAUCUAGCCUGAAGAUAGAUGUAUCUACUCUGGGUGUUCUAGUUGUAGAGGAUGCAGUUAACUUCAGUGUCCCUCUUACUUGCACUGGUGAUGUUACUGCUUCUACCAUAAAUGGAUUAUCAUUACAUGGAAUAGAGAACCUUUACUGGAGGCGCUCAGUUGAUCAAGAUAUUAAUGUCAAUGUCCACAUAAAUCAAGCGGUUUUCCUGGAGGCAGUGACUGGGUCAAGUAUCAAUGGCAACCAGAUGACAGACUACCUCGACUUCAGAAGCUUGCAGAUGAUUUCUGGAUCUUACACUUUUCAGGAUUCUGUGACUGUGAAAGGAAACCUGGAGUUAGGUCCAGGCAGCACAGUGAAUGGAAUUGAUGUGGUGACCCUGAAUAAUACUGUACUGACCCUGUAUGGUGACCAAACUAUUGAAGGACCUAUGAAUUGCCAUAGCAGAUUGACAAUUGGCACACUCGAUCUAUCUGGGACAUUAAAUGGUAUAAACCUCUCGACUGAUCUAAUGAGGCUAGAUGAAGACUUUGAACAUAAAGGGCACCUUGUAUUUGUAUCAAAUACAGUGGCAGAAUCUAUUUUCUUAAAUAGCCACCUGAAUGUAGAUUCUCUAAAUGGGUUUGAUGUGAGAGAGACUGCAGAAAAUAUGGUAAUAAUGAAUGAAGAUGCCAUAAUAUCCGGGUCAUCUGGUCUUCAGCUAACUGGCACUGUCAGCAUCACCACUCUCAAUGUCAGUGGCACUAUUGAUGGUGUAAACCUGGAAGAUCUGGUGAAGAGAGCUCUGCUGAAGUCUUCAGCAUCACCCCAAGUAGUCACAGGACAUGUCACAGUAACUGAGGGUGUCCAUUUCAGCCAGCCACCUACACUGGACAAAGUCAAUUCUAAGAACUGGGAGAAACACCUUAAUGAUGUUGUCUUAAAGAAUUAUAGUGGCAUUAUCAGUGGAACAAAGACAUUCCAUCAACCACUGAACAUCCUUGGAAACUUUGACCCAGUUACCAUCAAUGGCAUCAGAGUUGCUGAUUUAGCAUCCAGGUGUUUAACGAAAUCAAGUGACCAAGUUAUUUACAACCCUUACACUUUCAAUUCCAGUAUUAGUGUCUCCUACUUGUCCUCUCCUGUCAUAGAUGGUGUCAACAUGAGCAAUAUAUUACUAAUUGACCAAGCUGGUAAUCUGGGUGGUACAGCAGUCUUCAUGUCAGACACCACCUUCAUUGGUGAUGUAACUUCAGCACACAAUCUGCUUGGUUGUGAUGAGCUGAACAAAAGACCAAUCAUAAGGGACCAGUAUGGCAAUAUAAACAUCCAUGAAUCAAUAAGGAUUGAGGACUUGAGUCUAUCCGGCACUGUAAUCUCUGAAGCUGCUGUGAUGGCAGGGACUACACAGAAAAUAAACUUGGAUCACUUUCUAGAUUCUCUAGUUUUAAAAUCUGUUCCUCAAGAAAUUUAUGGCACUGUAGAAUUUCUUGGCGAUGUUAAUGUAAGUUCUAUGACGGUGAACACGAUUAAUGAUGUGAAUAUUGUGGAGCUGUACAGGGACAGUGUUAUGGAUGAUGAAGAUACUGUUAUAACUUGCAACUUGGAGUUCAGCAACCCACUGACAGUUAACAAUUUAGUAGUUGAGACAUCAAUAUUGGGAAAGUCUGGCAGUGGUGUCUUGGUCAAUGGUGUCAACAUUGCAUAUCUACAAACACAAGCUGUUCUUGAUAAUGAAGAUACAUUUAUCAUUGUGGGUGAUAAGACUUUCCAUAAUGGAUUUUCCACUGACAACCUUAUGGUGAACAAGACUCUAGGGGGUGUAGCAGUGAAUGAUUUGGUGGCCUUCCCCAAUGCAAGAAACUUGUCUGAAGUAGUCUUUAAUGCUCCCAUUAUGAUACGUGGCAACCUGAAUGUGUCAGGCUUGCUGGAUGGCAUUAAUCUUGCUGAUGUGAUGAGAAAUAGGGUAACUCUCGAUGGGUCACACACACUGUUGGGUGCCUGUAAAUUUGAUGCUAUUAAUGUGGAAGGUAACAUUGAAGUGGAGAAGAUUAAUGAUGUGGUAAUAGCAAACCUUGUUAGAAAAGUUGCUCCAACACAAAUUAUCAGUGGCCACAAGACUUUUGGUGGUGGUCUCACUGUUAAUGGAGAAAUAAAUGCCACUGUGUUGAAUGGCAUCUACAUCAAACAACUAAAGAACAUUGUAAGGACAGACAAGGACUAUAAUAUAACUCAUCCAGUUACAUUUGAAGCUUCUGUCAGAACUUCAUCAUUAGUUGAAGUCAACGGUACAGUUAGCCAAGAUUUGCAUAGUCUUGACCAGAAUAUCUCUAUUCUGAAUUCUGAAUUGGAGAAUAGAUAUGAAUACAUAAAGGACUUACAAAAUGAAAUUGAAACUAUAACAAGAGAAAAUUAUGCAGGAGCUAGAGCCAUGUUUUUGGUUCUGGCCUACUUGGAAAAAGUUAACUAUUAUAAAUUAAGGUACUUCGGAGGUAUGAAGUUCAUAACCGACUAUAACCUUGAAGGUGGCAACACAUUGUUGAGUGUGAAAAGCUGCGAUAGGGAUUGCGUGUGUGAUGCAGAAACAAGGUUGUAUAAGGUUAGCCAGACUGGUACUGUAGCAGAGGAGGCAAGCAUAAUAUUCCCAGGAUCAGUGUUCAUCUUUGGCUGGCCAGCUAUGAAUCUUCAGAUUACAUUAACUUUAAUCUGCCAUCCAGAGGCAUCUGUGGCUAUUGAGGUGUCUAGUAAUAGUGAUGGCUACCUACAUACUGUACUGAAGGCUCAAAUGUCGCUGGGAUUAGUAAUAGAUUCUGCAAUGUUCAUCGAUGGAAGUGCUGCAUAUGUUGUAACCAUAGCAAUGUUUGAGGAUGCCACAAACUCUACAUCAGAGACAAGUAUAACGACGCUGAAGUAUAACAGCUACACCUCGAGCUUGAGUAAAGUGUGGGAAGAGAGGACCCACAGGAGUGCUGCAAAAUUAGACUUGACCAAAAUAAAUGGAAAUUGGUUUUUGCUAGUGGCUAAUCAGUUGGGAACUGAAAAUAUAGAUGUGUAUACAGCUAUAUCAAAAGUGUACAUUUGGGAUAGUACUGGAGAGGAGUUUAUAUCGAAAGGAGAAUACGUUGCGGAUCACGUUACCUCUGGCAUGUUUAUGAAGUCUGUCCGGCCAGAAGAAGAAAAUUUCUUUAGUUUAACACAACUUAAAGCUGCCAAAUAUCCAGUCUUUGAAGAAAACCUGGAAUAUACCAAAAAAGUACUAGUUUUCAGAUAUAGCAAUGAGACUGGGAGUUUUGCAGAAUUUGAAUCUUUGGACACAUUUGGUGUUGUUGAUCAAGCAACUCUGACAGUUGGCGAGAGUCUGUACUUGUUACUCUUGUCGCAAGUUGAGGAAAGACUGGAUGUCUAUGAAUACUUUCCUCUAGAGGGGUUCAAGCUGUAUCAAAAAGUUCGUGUUGCAAGGCCAUACGCACUAGAGGUCGUGGAAUUGCAAAUGGAAACCUUCGUCUUGGUGUCUACAUCGUUAUCACAAGGCUUGCUCAAGCUGAAAGUAAACACAAAGGGUGUUGAUGGAAGCAAAUUUUAG